AUGGCCUCCCCUCAGCCUGGCAGUCCACCUCUUGCAGAUCAAUACACUCCUUCCAUUCAGGAUGAAGAGAGCCAAGAGGAGGAAGAAGUAGUGAAGGAGCAGCCUGCAAAAAAACGCGGCAGGGGAAGGCCUCCGAAAGCCAAAUACCUCCUCAAAUGCUCUGCAUGUACCAACACUUUCAAGAGUCUGUCAGCUCUCCAGAGCCACAAGGCAUCGGCGCAUGCAAAGGAACGUCAGCAGCAGCACACCUGUUCUGAGUGUGCCAAAACGUUCCCCAGCAAGGCUCAGCUCUCAAAGCACGAGCGUACGCAUUCCUCCCAGCGCCCCUUUCAGUGUCCAGACUGCCACAAGGCGUACAAGACGUCCACAGAGCUGCGCAACCACAGCCGCUCUCACACCGGGGAGAAACCUUUUGUGUGCACAGAGUGUGGGAAGGCCUUCAUGCAGGCCAUAUGCCUGAGGAUCCACAUGACACAGCACAGUGGCGAGCGCCCUUACUCGUGCCCCCAGUGCUCCAAGAGCUACCCCACGCUGUCCAAGCUGAAGGUGCACGAGCGCUCCCACACGGGAGAGAAGCCGUACUUCUGUGCCGAGUGCGGAAAGAGCUUUGCCGAUCCCUCGGUGUUCAGAAAACACAGGAGGAACCAUCAGGGUCACCGGCCGUACGCGUGUGACAAGUGUUGCAAAACGUACACGGAGCUGAAGGACCUGAAAAACCACGAGCGCUCGCAUACUGGAGAAAAGCCUUUCCUUUGCUCAGACUGUGGCAAGGCCUUCUCCCGCUCCUCCUCGCUGGCCUGCCAUCAGCGCAUCCACUCCCAGAAUAAACCCUACCAGUGUGAGCAGUGCGGAAAAGGCUUCACUCAGCUGUCCUCUUACCAGUCCCACCUCCGCACACACUCUGGUGAGAAGCCCUUCCUCUGUCCGCAGUGUGGCAAGAUGUUUUCCGACCCCUCCAGCUUCCGCCGGCACCAGCGCGCUCACAUGGGCUUCAAGCCGUAUCCCUGCGAUAAGUGCUCCAAGCGGUUCCGGCAGCCGGCCGACCUGGCCGUGCACGAGCGCGUCCACUCCGGCGAGCGGCCCUACAAGUGCCAGAGCUGCGACAAGGCCUUCGUGGCGUCCUGGGAUCUGCGGCGCCACAUGCUCGUCCACACAGGUCUGAGGCCCUUCUCGUGCACGGAGUGCGACAAGUCGUUCGCUGAGCGCUCCAGCCUCAACAAGCACCGCCGUGUGCAUUCCGGAGAAAGGCCUUUCAAGUGUGAGGAGUGCCUAAAGUCAUUUGUGGUGUCCUCGAGCCUCCGUAAACACGAGAGAACUCACCUGGCCGAACAGUCUGAACAGCAGCAGCAGCAGGACACGGAGGCUGCCUCCGCCUCGGCCUUCCCCGCCCACACUACUCUCCCCCAGUUCUCCUGCACUCACUGUGAGGCCACAUUCGGAACGUGGGAUGAAGUUCAAGCCCAUGAAAAUCUUCAUUCCAUCGACCCGGCUCCGUCCUCCGUCACUAAGAUCGUGCCCCUGGGUUUGCACGUCUGCGAAACCUGCCACGCAGAGUUUGCACAGCUGGCGGAGUUACAGGAGCACGAGAAGCAGCACCCCAAGCCGCGGCCCCAUCUCUGCGGCAGCUGCGGCAAAGGCUUCCUCAACAAAUCGGGACUGCGCAAGCACCAGAAGAUCCACUCCGCCAGCAAACCUCACAGCUGCCCUCACUGCGGCAAAGCCUUCCUGUUCGCCGCCUACCUUCGCAAACACUUGCGGACUCAUGCCGACGCGGCGCAGCCCGCGGCCCCACUGGGCGACAUCAACAUCAUUCACACGGACCCACUGCCCUCUCCCCCGCCCGCCAGCCAGGACUCUGCCUCCCCUACGGAGCCCAGCAGCAUGUCUCUGACAGUCCCAGUGACCGUCCCCGUGACUGCUUUUCACUCUCUGCCCGAGUACCUAGUUAAAGAAGAGGGACUUUAA